CGCCAACAGCCCCUUCUCUACGCCCCAACGCCAGUCCAUUGCCCUACCCUCCCUCACCCACAUCGCCCCGGGACAUUUGGGACUCCACUCCUCUGGCUUGAUUGUGUCCAGCUGAGCUUGGGAAUAGCGGUUUCAUUUGUGGUUGUGCUCGAUUUCGCCUUUGUUGCUGCAUGGCUUGUGUCUUUUUCUGUAAGGAUCCUCGAGGUUUGCGAGAGUAUUUCGCGGACGGAAGCGGAGCGGACUUGGAAGUGUGUAGGCGGUGUGUGAGUGUUUGUGAGAUUAUCCUGGCCGUUUCGCGAAAGUUGGGUAGUGUAGGGAUUUGUCACUCGUAGUCUUAGAUUGAGGAUUUGUUCGGAGGGAGUCUCUCAUUUUUCUCUUUUGUCUCUCACGCUAGUAGCGGUUUGAUUUGAUUUGUUUCGUUGAACUUGGGAGUUGCAUAGCCACUGUGCAGGCUGAAAUGUGUUUAGGUGUCCGGAGCAGCAUUUAGAACGGGAUACUGCGGUUCUACGUUCAGCCUCGCGUAACCAUCGUAGCUUUUGAUCUGAAGUGGAAUUAACCUUGCCCAGCAUGGUGAUAUCUAAGAAAACACCAAAAGAGAAGCAGCCACAUAGUAUCCCUGCUGAGAGAGAGAAAUUGAAGAGGGAGAAGGCUGAGAGAAAAGCGGAGAAGCUGCGGAUUCGAGCGGAGAAAGAAGCAGCUCGAGCUGAGAGGGAGCUGAAGAAACAACAAGAAGAAGCUGAGAAGGAGCAGAGAAGAAAAGACCGAGAGCUGAGAAAGAAAAAUGAGGAGGAAAAGAAGCAGCUGGACGAUGUAGAGAAGGAGCAGAGAAGGAAGGAAAAGGAGGCUAUAGAAGCAGAGAAGGAGCUCAAGAGGAAAGAGAGGGAACUAAGAAGGCAGCAGGAGGAAGUAGAGAAGGAGCAGAAGAGGAAGGAGAAAGAGGUCGCUGAAAAGAAGAGACAGUUGCUUCUUCAAAAGCAGGCUACUAUUAUGGAUAGGUUGUUUCGCCGUAAGGAGUCUAUCACUCCCGUGGCUCACGAGAAGCAGUCUCCCGCUCAGGGCGUCUCAUCACCUUCUCCUGCUCACCAGACACCCGAGGGCAUUUCAACCAGCAGGACGGAGCCAUCUACAGUAGAAAUGGUGAUGCGGUUGGACGAGGGGUUGAAGGUACCCUGCACCCUAACCGAAGAAGAGAUCCUACGCGGUCAUGUAUCUUCAUGGCAAGAAAAAUGGAAACGCAGAUCUUUAGAGCCAUUCCGGAGAUGGGGAGUCCGAAUGGCGCCCAAGGUUACAGUGUAUCGUGAACUACGGCUGCAAGGUGCCAGUGCGAGCUUCCCCCGGAGAGUUGAGUCUGCAGGAAACGCGGUGAGCUCCUCUACUUUGGAAGCUCAGGCACCGAGCCUGAAACGAAGUAGGGAGGAUUUUGAAAGCAUUCGUGAUUGUAAAGUGGAAGAUGAUUGCAUCUUACUGAAUGAAGAUCCAAUCGACAGCCCACCUAGGAAGAAACAAUGUAAUACGAGGUGGAAGUUGCUGCAAUUUGACAAAAGUCAUCGGCCAGCUUACUAUGGCACCUUUUCCAAGCUGAGUUCUACUGUUGGACCACGCCAUCCCCUAAGGAAAGACCCAUCUCUGGAUUAUGAGGUGGAUAGUGAUGAGGAAUGGGAAGAGGAAGAUCCAGGGGAAAGUCUUUCUGACUGUGAAGACAAAGAAGAAGACGUGGAGAAGGUUGACUCUGAAUUGGACGAGGAUGCCGCUGAUGGCUUUGUCGUCCCUGACGGUUAUCUAUCAGAAAAUGAAGGAGUGCACUUGGAAGAAACAGACGUGGAGGAUACAGAGAAGGCAGCUGAAGUUAAAGCUCCGUGUGAAUCAGGCACAGGAGCUGAGUGCAUGGUCUCUGUAGAUCCAAUGGUCCGCAAACAGCAGCAUCUUAUUAGGCUUCUUGACAAUGUGACCAAGCACGCAUUGCAACGAAAUCGGCCGUUCUUGGUAUCUGAUUUAUUGGAACGACCGAGUGAGAAAAGUACAGAAAAUCAGACUGAACGGCUAUGUUUUCAAGCUCUUCGGAUGUGCGUCGUUGCUCCCAAUCUUCUCAUAGGGUCAAUAUGAGCAACAGAUCUAUAACCGCAUUCUGCUUUUGAGCUUUCACUGUCAAGACAGCGAUGAAAUGGUCGCAUUGCCGUCCUGGGUUAUGUCGGUAACCAGCCUGUCAUCAUCACCUCUUCACUUCGACUGCAGUUUUCGGCAGGUAAAUAUUGAGGUUCAAGAAGAGAGUGUUCGAUUAUAUCUGCAGUGCUUGUCCUAGAUGAGAUGACACCCACUGUCGCAGUUUUCCAAGUUCAGAGCUGAGAUAUUACAGAUAGAGCAUGUCGCUUUAAUGCAUGAUCUCAGAUGCCCAUUUCACGAAGACAUUCUUGGUGAUGAGCACUUUCGCUACAUCUUAUGAAGCAAAUUCAUUGCCCCUCCUUGACUUUGUAAAAAUACUACUGCUAACUAUGAAGAGUUAUCUAAGGAACCUGUUGUUACCAUGUUGCAACAUAAUAAAACUGCAUUUGGUACUUGGUGUUCAA